UGUCAACCGCUUGUUAAAGCCGAUUUUCACUAGACCCUCGCGAUUAAUUUAAGUGAACAAGCUUUUAAAAUGAUAGCAGUACAGUAAAACAAUCCAUUUACUUACUCUGCAAUAACAAAAAGUGAUAAUGACGGAACCUAAAUCAUCUCAAACGCAAGAAUGUGCCACCACAAGCACUUUAACCGUCACAGAAAGCGAACCAGCACAGGCCAACUUUGGGCAAAUCAGGUGCAAACAUGACGGUAUAUCGCCCCUGGAAGGAAUUAGAGUGCUAGAUUUGACGAGAAUAGUGGCAGGGCCGUAUUGUACGAUGAUUUUAAGCGAUUUGGGGGCAGAAGUCAUCAAAAUAGAGCGACCUGGUGCAGGGGAUGAAGCGCGCAAAUGGGGGCCGCCUUUUAUAAGAAACACGCCUGAAUCCUGUUAUUUUAUCGCGCUAAACAGAAACAAGAAGAGUAUUUGUGUCGAUUUAAAGUCCAAAUCAGGUCAAGAGCUACUUUACGAGUUAGCCAAAGAAUCUGAUGUGCUAGUUGAAAAUUAUGUGCCUGGUAAACUAAGUGAGUUAAAUCUAGGUUACGACAAACUUAAAGAAAUAGCCCCACAGUUAAUUUACUGCUCCAUAACAGGUUAUGGCCCUACAGGGCCAUACAGUAAAAAACCUGGUUACGAUGUUAUAGCAGCUUCUGUAGGUGGUCUUCUACAUAUUACAGGGCCCCAAAACGGGGAACCAGUCAAAGUUGGGGUUGCUGUAACAGAUUUAGCUACAGGUUUAUAUGCUCAUGGGGCUAUAAUGGCAGCCUUAAUUAAAAGAACGAAAACCAAAUGUGGUCAAAAGAUAGAUUGUAAUCUGUUGUCGACUCAAGUGGCUAGUUUAAUAAAUAUCGGCUCUAAUUAUUUAAAUGCCAAUAAAGAGGCUUCCAGAUGGGGGACGGCACAUGAAAGUAUAGUGCCUUACGAAGCAUUCCCAACAAAAGAUGGUUAUUUUACCAUUGGCACCGGUUCAGAUAAACAGUUUAAAGAUUUCUGUGAAAGAAUAAACAAACCUGAGUUAAGUGAAAACAAAAAAUUUCUAACCAACAAAUUAAGAGUGAAAAAUAGGGGAGAACUCUUAAAAACCCUCAGAGAAUGUCUUAUACAAAAAACAAACAAAGAAUGGUUUAAAAUUUUUGAAGGGGCUCAAUUUCCCUGUGGUCCCAUCAAUACACUCCAAGAAACUUUCAAUGAUGAACAUAUUAAAUCUAUAGGGCUUGUUAAAACUAUGGAGCACCCCAUAGCAGGAGAAAUAAAAGUUGUUGGCCCCCCUGUGGAAUUCAGUGAAGGGGGUAAUAUUGUUAGAAACCCCCCUCCAACCCUAGGGCAACACACUGAUGAAAUACUAAGGGACAUUUUGUGCUAUAAUAAUGAAAAAAUAUUAGAUUUAAGAAAAAAUAAUGAUGUACCAACUCUAACUUUAAAAUUAAGGAAACCCAGGACUGAUAGAAAAGUGCAAUGGAGCAAUGAGACCAUUGAUAAUGAGCAUUUGAACAGGAAAAAAUCAAAAUGUUGUUGUAUUUACGAUAAGCCCAAAAAAUUCGGCGAGAGCAGCUCGUCGGAGUCUUCGGAAGACGAAUGCGACCAUUGCCAUGGGCACGUCGAGAAGAAGAAGAAGAAACGAACCGCAAACAGCUCUGAUAGCCCGCCUCGGCCGCCGGAUCUACCCGAUUCGAGUCCGGGUGACCAGGACGUCACCAACUCUGAAGCCGUGGCGGAGAAGAUAGCCGAAGAAGAGAAUAGGAACGAAGAAAGCAUUCCACAGCCAGAUUCGACGUCUGAUAAAUGAUUUAAAUAAUGUUGCUAUUUAUUGGAUUAAUUAUUCGGUGUUUAUGCUGUAAUCUCUAAUAAGUAUCUAUUUAAAAUAUAUGUAUGUUAAUUUUAAGUGUAAAUAAAUUAUUUUAUUUAUGUAUGUACCCUUUCUUCUUUAAAUUUUUUUAAAUAAAGCAAGUAAUUUAUGUAUGAAAAAAUCAUUUUUAUAUACAGGGUGCACCAAGUAUCUCAUGUAAAGGUAUUUUUAUAUUUGGAGUGCGUUCGAAAU